UAGGCCAGCAAGCAGCCCCUCUGCGCGCAGCUUUGGAUGUUAGAACCUGCUUUAGAAAAUGUUGGCCUGAAUUGCUUGGCUAAAGUUGGAUGGCGAGUCAGUGGGAGAGCUGGGAACAGGAUCCGGACUCCCUUCCCUAUGUUUUAGUACAAGACUCUUCUUCCCCAUACAGUUUCCAAAAAGUGCUAUGGGAUCUCUAACACAUACCAGACUUGGCUCUCGGAUUAACAUCUCCUGCUUAGGACGGCAGCGAUCACAGUGCAGGGUGAUAUCACAGGCUCUGUAUUGUCAACUGAGGAUUUUAUUCCAUUGAAAUUUUCUAGCGUGUGAUCAGUGUGUUAAAGAAACUUUGUCCAGGUGCUGUUUCAGAUUUGCCCCCUAUGCAGCCUCUGUUUAUGCCUUCUUUUCCCUGGUUCUCCGUGGCUUUUGAAGUCCAUGAAAAAUGGUGUUAGCAGACGAACGCUGACUCACUUGUGGGGUUGCUGUGCAAACGCUGUCUGUGUCAGCAGCAUAGGAUGAUGGUCUGGGUCGGCUGUAAACAGCCAACAGGAACUGCUGCACGUGAUUGUCAGGAGCAGCCCUGAGAUUCACUUGGGAUUUGUGCGACGGUCAUUCUGUUUGUGUGAAAGCCAAACCAUUCUGAAGACAGCUAAGUGUGAACAACCUCAGGCGACGAUGGUGUUUUCUACUGAAGCUUCUCCAGUUCCCCUGUUUUCCGUUUCCCCUUUUGCAGAGGUCUCAUCGUCCUGGGAUGCCGCCAGGGAGCCGGAUGCCCAUGGCAGGAUUGCAGGUGGGAUCCCCUUCAGGACCCCCCUAUGGAGCAGCCUCUCCGAUGCGACCAGGAAUGCCACAGUCGAUCAUGGAUCCCUUUAGAAAGCGCCUGCUUACUCCGCAGGCGCAGCCCCCUCUGGCAAGCCAAAGGCGAGGGCUGAAAAGAAGGAAGAUGGCGGACAAGGUCCUACCACAGAGGAUCCGGGAGCUGGUCCCAGAGUCUCAGGCCUACAUGGACCUUCUUGCCUUUGAGCGCAAGCUGGAUCAGACCAUUGCCCGGAAGAGAAUGGAAAUCCAGGAGGCCAUCAAGAAACCCCUCACGCAAAAGCGAAAGCUGCGGAUUUAUAUCUCCAACACCUUCACCCCGGGCAAGGAGGAGGGGGAUGGCAGCGAGCGCGUGGCCUCGUGGGAGCUGCGCGUGGAAGGCAAGCUCCUGGAGGACCCGAGUAAGCAGAAGAGGAAGUUCUCCUCCUUUUUCAAGAGUCUCGUCAUUGAACUGGACAAGGAGCUCUAUGGACCAGACAACCAUCUGGUGGAGUGGCACAGGAUGCCCACGACCCAGGAGACCGACGGCUUCCAGGUCAAGCGCCCUGGCGACGUCAAUGUGAAAUGCACCCUGCUGCUCAUGCUGGAUCACCAGCCUCCACAGUACAAACUGGACCCUCGCCUGGCUCGCCUGCUGGGUGUCCACACCCAGACCCGGGCCAGCAUCAUGCAGGCCCUGUGGCUCUACAUCAAACACAACAAGCUGCAGGACAGUCACGAGAAAGAGUACAUCAACUGCAACCGCUACUUCCGCCAGAUCUUUAGCUGCAUUCGCAUGCGAUUCUCCGAGAUUCCCAUGAAGCUGGCAGGCCUGCUGCAGCAUCCAGAUCCCAUCAUCAUCAACCACAUGAUCAGCGUGGAUCCCAACGACCAGAAGAAGACGGCCUGCUACGACAUCGAUGUCGAGGUGGAUGACCCCUUGAAAGCUCAGAUGAGCAACUUCCUGGCCUCCACCACCAACCAGCAGGAAAUUGCCUCCCUGGAUACCAAGAUCCACGAGACCAUUGAGUCCAUCAACCAGCUGAAGACGCAGCGAGAUUUCAUGCUGAGCUUCAGCAACAACCCGCAGGACUUAUUCAGGAAUGGAUCAAAUCCCAGAGGGAGGGACCUCAAGAUCAUAACAGACGUGACUGGGAACCCCGAGGAGGAGAGACGAGCUGACUUCUACCAUCAGCCCUGGGCACAGGAGGCUGCGGGGAGGCACAUCUUUGCCAAGGUUCAGCAGCGCAGACAGGAACUGGAACAGGUGCUUGGGAUUCGCCUCACCUAGUGGGCUGGGCACGGCUCAGGGGCUCUGCCCUCUUGAGUGCCUGAGCCUUACGGUACAUCUUACUGGAACGAAACAGCACUUGCAAAGCUCUGAGCCACAGGUGUCCCCGGGGGCUCCCAGCUCUGGGGCUUCUCGGGGUCAGAGCUCUAGCCAAAGGCAUGGGGCACGUGGGGGUCACAGGGUCACCUGUGCAGCCUCUGCCCUUUCCCUGCCACUCUUCAUCCCAGCCCCUUUAGUGCAUUACUGGCCUCGCUUGCUGCCUUCGCCCUUCUCCCAUAGCAUUCAGUGCAGGCUCGGAGCUCCUCCCCUGCGAACCAGAGCUUCCCUCUCCCUCCCUGCCUGUCUGGGAACCGGAGCCUUGCUGGAGUCGCUGCCCAGAGGGUAAGAGCUCUCCCUGAACCGAAGCCAAGGGGCCACCUAGGCACUUCUUCAUACUGAGCGAUGUGGCCAGAGCGUCACAGCAGCCUCCUGGGCUUCAGCACUGGGAGGCCAAGGCCUUCGCCUGCUGAAGCCUCUCCCCUGCGUGUGGAGGGCAGGCAGCUGCUGGCGCUUUUGAAACCAAAGCUUUGUCCAUUCCAAAGGCCGGCCGAGCUGGCGGUGUGUUUUGCACUAUGGUUUUGGGAGCAGGUUUUAUAAAAAGCCUUUUGUACAGUGGGUUUGUAUUUGAUGAAUAGACAAGGUUUCCCUCUAGUCCUGCCUUCACCCCUAAACCUAUGCAAGGGAUUCACUGUGCUCCUGGGCAACCAAGCGUCGUCUGACAAUCAGCUGAAUGUUCCAGCCUCUCUCUUCACAUGCAGCAGGUGGGGGGAUGCUGUGCUGCCUGGCUGCAGCCACCGUUACUCAGGGCAGUGCACCCAGGACUAGAGCCAAGUGGAGAAACCAGUGUCUGUUACAGCAAAGGUGACACUGUGAGCUGGGCUCUCCCACGUGCCUUAACCCAGCCCCAGGCUCCCCAAUGCUGCCCUGGCAGGAGGGGGCAGGGCAGCCCUGCAUGGUAGAAUUAGGCAGGUAGGAGCCGGUGGGGCUGGGAGUGAGGCUUGGGCCACCUCUUCUUGUAACCGGGUUGGAUAUUUUCUAAUAAAAACAUUUAGCAGCAGCUUA